ACACCUCAACAGAUGAUUUUAUUGAUACUCGAAAUUAUUUUCAAUCAUUACGAAAUCAUAGGACAAUUACUUUCACUAAUACUUCUAUUUAUUCCACCCCAUCUAUUCCUUCUGCCUAUUCUAUUUCUCCUACCUCAACUUCUUCCACCCAAACCAUUUAUCCUACCUCAUCUAUUUCUAUUACUUUUAAUGAACUAUCAAGUAGUCUACGAAAUGAACUAGAAAAAUAUUUAUUACUACCAUUGGAGGAUAAUUCGAAUCCAUUA